CACAGAUUUCAGGGUCCUGCUGCCCACACUAUUCACGGGGUACGUCCAUUGCCAUCAUGAACACACUUAUCAUCGACAUAAAACCCAAAGUCCAAGCAAAGGAAAACAAUCUCCCACACACUUCCCUCAAGACGAGAACCAUCUCUUCUCAGCCCAGCUUCCACCCCCAAAGAAUACCACCAUUAGCUUAGCUGACACUGUCACAAACACACCAAGCGCAACAAAAGGGAGAGAUCUCAACCGCAAAGGAAAGAAUCGCAGAAAGGAAGGAAGGGCAGGGGAAGGUAGGAGGAGGAGGGAGCGCCGCAAAGCACAGACCUUUCCUCCUGAGGGCACCAAACCCUACCAAUCCGCCGGGAAUCCCUCCCCGGAGCCGGGCACGCCGCCGGGGCGGAGCAAUGCCGAGGGCGCUCGUCAAUGCCGUCCUCUUCACGGUCCUGGGCGUCGUGGCCGCGCUCUUCCUCUGCUACUCCGUCCGCUGCUACCGCCGCCGCCGCCGCCGCGGGCGCGCGAUGGUGCUGCCCUCGCACGGGGCCCGGGCCGACCGCUUCCAGGCGGGCGGGACCAGCGCCUACGGCAGCGGGGUGGGCGAGGAGCUGCUCACGUUCCCCGGCGGCGAGGGGCUCACCGUGGCCGCCAUCCUCGAGGCGCCCGGCGAGGUGGUUGCCAAGUCGGCGCACAGCACGCUCUACCGCGCCGGGCUCAGCGCCGGCGAGGCCGUCGCGCUGCUCCGGUUCCUCCGGCCCGUCUGCUCCGCGGGCGCCGAGGAGGCCGCGGCGGCCGCGCGGCUGCUCGGCGCCGUGCAGCACCCGAAUCUCGUGCCGAUCCGCGCGCUCUACGUCGGCCCGCGAGGGGAGAAGCUGCUCGUGCACCCCUUCUACGCCGCCGGCUCGCUCCGCCGCUUCUUGCAAGAAGGGAUCAAUGAUUCACAGAGAUGGGAGAUAAUCUGCAAGCUAUCCGUCGGCAUCGUCAAGGGGCUGGACCACCUCCACACAAGGUCGCAGAAGCCAAUCAUCCAUGGCAACCUCAAGACAAGCAACAUCAUGCUGGACGCCGAUUUCCAGCCCAGGGUAUCAGACUUCGGGCUCUACCUCCUGCUGAACCCAGCCGCCGCGCAGGACAUGCUCGAGGCCGCCGCGGUGCAAGGAUACAAGGCCCCGGAGCUGAUCAAGAUGAAGGAGGCCACGAGGGAGAGCGACGUGUACAGCCUCGGGGUGAUCCUGCUGGAGAUGCUCGCUCAGAAGGAGGCGGCGGCAAACGACGGCUCGCCCAACGCGCGCGACAUCCACCUGCCGGCCACGUUCAAAGACCUGAUCCUCGAGAGCAAGAUCGCGGACGCGUUCGGGUCCGAGCUGAUCAAGCAGAGCAAGAACUCGGGGAACGAGGCGAAGCUCAACGCCUUCUUCGAGCUCGCCACGGCUUGCUGCAACCCUUCGCCGUCCUUGAGACCGGACUCGAGACGGAUCCUCAAGAGGCUGGAGGAGAUAUCGAGGUGACGGAAACGCGGCGUCGCCCGCUUACUAAUUAUUAGACGGCGUCGAACUAUAUACCAGCAGGGUAGUGUUAGUAUUUAUAAAGUGUAUUACCCGUUUGUUUUAUCCCUUUUCUUUUGCUGAAACAAUAUAGUGUUUGUACUAGCAGGAAACUAAACUGGUGAGUGAUAGGGGUUACCGGUCUGUAUAGUUUCCGUGCGCUUUUACAGACAAUGUGGGUGCUCAGCUUUCGACGAAUGAGGCGUAAGUUUCUUCUGACC